GACAAGCUCCACGUCCAUUGGUCGCGGGGCGCGACACUGCUGAGCUGGAGACGCCAUCUUUCCAGCGCCUCUGCCCGAGCCCUCCCGUCGCCAUGGUGACCGCGACCCGGUCACCCAGUUGGCGGCCAAGGCCGGGUUACGUCAUUGUCUGUGCGCCGGAAGUGCUGAUCCUCCCGCCGGAAGCGCUUGUCCUCACGCCUUGCGUGGUGACGUUUUGUAGCCCAUGGGCGCUAUAUCAGACCGGACGAGGCGGUGUCGGACGGCGCGGCUGUCAGCGCUUGGCCGGCCCCUCGGCUAUGGCAGUAUUCCACGACGAGGUGGAGAUCGAGGACUUUCAGUAUGACGAGGACUCGGAGACGUAUUUCUACCCCUGCCCGUGUGGGGAUAACUUCUCCAUCACCAGGGAAGAUUUGGAGAACGGAGAAGACGUGGCAACGUGUCCUAGCUGCUCUCUUGUUAUAAAAGUGAUUUAUGACAAGGAUCAGUUCAUGUGUGGAGAAACAGUCCUAGCCCCUUCAAGCAACAAAGAACUGGUUAAAUGCUGA